AUGGCCAUUGAAGCGAUUGAAAAUCAAGGUAACGAGAAGCAUCAUGGGAAAUGUGACCCUGUAGACAUCAUCGGCCUGUCAUAUCGGUUCUCUGGAAUGGCAGAUACCCCUGGUGCCUUUUGGCAGAUGCUAUCCAAAGGCAUGACCAGCUGGUCUAGAGACGCUCGUGACAGAUUCAAUCUAGAAUCUUUCUGGCACCCCAGGAGCGAUCUCCCCGGCUCAUUCAAUGCCAGUAGGCUUCAUCUACUUCGCCAAAACCCUGCUGUCUUCGACAAUGACUUUUUCAGCAUCAGUGGAUUAGAGGCGAAAGCAAUGGAUCCUCAGCAGCGUCUCAUGCUUGAAUUGGCGUACGAAACCUUCGAGAAUGCUGGUCUCACCAUGGAGGUCCUUGAAAAAUCCAAGACCGGAGUAUACUGUGCGUCAACAUAUCAAGAUUACGAUCAGAUUCUGGGUCGAGAUCCUGAGCUCUCAGCAAAACACCGCUUCACUGGAACAGGAACAUCAAUGCUAGCUGAUCGCAUAUCUUACUUUUUCGACCUGCGUGGGCCGAGUAUGACCAUUGAUAAGGCAUGCUCUAGCACUUUGGUUGCCCUAAAUGAGGCCUGCAGUGCUCUCCGUAUGGGUGAAAUUGAUCAGGCAUUGGUUGGCGGCGUGAACCUUAUCUUGGACCCGGAUAAACCUAUGGUUCAAUCCUCGAUGCCGAGUGGUGAAGGAAUGGCUGGGAUCAUGUUCAAGCCGUUGAGUACAGUCCUGAGAAACGGAGAUCCUAUACGGGCUAUUGUUCAUGGUACAUCCGUUGUCUCAGAUGGUAGAACUCCAGGCAUUACCAUGCCCAGAAUGGACUCUCAGGUUGAGGCUAUAACGAAAGUGUACAAGCAGGCAGGCCUUACUUUAGCCGACACAACAUACAUCGAAGCACAUGGUACAGGAACUAUAGUUGGCGACAAAGCUGAAGCUUUGGCGUUCGCAACAACAAUGGGCAAAGACCACACAGAGCAAGUCAUUGUUGGGAGUGUCAAGUCAAAUCUAGGACAUAUCGAAAACGCCUCUGGUCUUGCAUCGGUGAUCAAAACAGUUUUAAUGAUGGAAAAUGGUGCCAUUCCACCGGUACUUCGCCAGUAA